AUUAUCUGGGAUACUUUGGAAGUACAACCAUAAUAUCAUAAGAACAGAAAUGUAGGUUGAUUCCAUACAGUCUUUAAAAUGUGUAUAUCCUUGAUAUUCGAAUACACGAUAAAUGGCAUACAACUCACACAUAGCUAACGAUUCUAUACCAACGAUGAAUGCACCUUAUUCCAACGUGAGUGUUAAUAGUAUCUUUGACACAGAUUUGAGAAAUGAAUCCAGAAAGAAGAUGUCCUUUCCUUCUACAAUCAAUGAAGUAACAAAAUGGCUAGCAGUGGGAAUUUUGGUCGGAAUUUUGGUGUUUAACUCAACUAUACUGAUAUUACUUCUCCGCAAGAAACAGAACAGUAGGAUGGCUUUCUUCGUACAAAAUUUGGCAAUAGCAGAUUUUUGUGUUGGUUUAAUUUAUCUUUUACCCGAGGUUAUUGUAUUUAGAUUUCAUAUCGGUUGGGAUAGAUACGCUUGCUCUAUAUUAUAUGGAGUGAAAAUGUUUCCGAUUUAUGUAUCUACGUUUGCUAUCAUUACCUUGACACUGGAUCGUUUGUAUGUUAUUUUAAAACCUAUAUCAUCCUCUGGCAAAGGUAUGAAAUACAGAGUAUCAUUGAUAAUAACAACCUGGAUUCUGGCAAUAUUACUUUCUAUACCAUAUAUGGCAUGUGUAAGAUUCAAUAACGGAAAAUGUGGACACGAUUUUGGCAAUUUUACCAAGGUUAUGCUUAUGUUUGAUAUCAGCCUCAUUCUGAUUUUUCCUGUACUUAUCAUUGGAGCGUGCUAUAUAUGUAUUGUUGUGACAAUAUGUCGUCGCGAGAGAAAUAGACUUUUAAAUGAGAAUACUAGAAGAAGCAUAAAUUCAACACAUAAAAAUGAUGGUCAGAAAAAAAGUACAAGAAAACCUCUAAUGGCUCAGGCGAAAAUAAGGACAAUUAAAUUACUUCUGAUCAUCGUAACUGCAUACAUUGUUUGCUGGACACCGGUGUGCGUUGGUACAUCGUUGUUGAUGUGGAAAUAUAUUGAAUUUGGAGUUAUUUUUCAACUUUUGUACGUCUUGGCGCCAUUGAAUAGCCUCGUGAAUCCUCUUGUUUUCUUGUUAUUCCAUAGGAAAAUUUUCAAAAGAAAAGAGUUUGGAACAUAUAGAUUUAACCCGUCUGUAACCUUAAAAACGUCAGGAAAGCAGGCAUCAACACGCUGUUAGCCGUUCCGUGAUUUUUAUGUUCGUCUCUACAUAUCUUGUGUGUUUAACUUAAAAUCUGAGAAUACAUAAUUGCAAAAUACAAUACACACUACCAUGACUACUGUACAGUAUAUAUAAUGAUUCUACAUGUAUAGUUUUUGUUGUCGAUAAAGAAAGAGAAGAAACCCCUGGUUAAUAGUUAAUUUCCUAGAAAGUCCGUUAUUUACCGUCCAAUCUCAUUUUUUACACACCUGUCUCGUUAUAACGGCAGAAAUUUAUGCAGUGUGGGAACUAACACCAAGUCGUCUACAUGAUAUAUAUACUAGGCCUCACUGUGACUUUGAGAUGAAGAACACCAAACGCACUGUUCCUUUGCUUUUGUGUGUUUUUUGUUGUUGUUUUAUUUGCUGUGCAUGUACUGAUUUUGUGUCAUGGAUGGAUACUCCAUAUCUUUUUUUUUCUACUAUUCAAAUCUAUGGGUAGUGUUACCUUACCAAACAUUUUCUUCAUGGUGAUGGAGUCAAAAUGGAAAAGCGUAGUUGAAAAUUUAGGUGGAGGUAAAUUACGAUCAUUUCUCAACAUGGAAUCGACAACAGUCCUUGAUUUCUACUAUUUAUUGCAUAAUAUGUAGUGAUGUCAACCAUGUCAACGGUUAACCGUUGAACCGGGUAACCGUCGGAAGGACCGAAUAACGGAUACCAAAACCGAGAUCUUUUUUUCAGUUUUAAUAGAUUUGAUAUAUAAAUGUGUAUUGGAAUCAUUAAUAAAUUUUGCUCAAUUUUAAAAUGACUGUUGUGGUACUCUUUUUGACAAAUCAAUUGUCCAGUAUAUUGAUUGCUAUUGCAUGUAUUGUUUAGCUUGAAAAUAUUACAAUUUUACAAAAUUAAUUAGCACAAAGACAACUUGUCUAUUAGCUCGGGGCAGGAUUGAAAGUAAAAAUAAUUAGCAUACAUGUAUUUUGAGCUGUUGUAAGAUAAUCAUUUUUCGAUCUACAUCAUUAUUUCAUUUUUUAUUUAAAACAUUGCGUAGACCUACAUGUAAAUAUUCCACCUCCUUCGUCCAGUGCUUCGUCAUACUUUUAACGAAAUGCAGACUAAAUAAUAGUGAAAUGUAAAUCAUAUGAAUAAAAUAAAAAAGUAUACUGGAUGGUACGAGUAACACGCUUAAUCAUCUCAACUCUCUACAGAAUUUUCUGAGACACCAGUGGAAAUGAAACUAUGAACGAUUUCAGACCUUGUUAAUUCGACGAUAUCAAGAAGAUUUGUAGAUCCUAAAUCUGAAGUUGUUACAAAAACCGUAGUAGAUGUGGUAUUAUUGGAUAAUCAAAACUAAAACUUCACCAGAAAUACUCAAAGCCAAGCCGUAUAUUGACUACGGAUAUAUUUCAACUUAUCGUAUUAUAAAACAGUGCAUGUGUAGAGUACUGUAUGAGAGGCCUUUACACAUCAACUUAACUACCGGUUAAUUGGUUAAUCGGUCGAAACAUUAUCCGAGUAACCGGUUAGGAAAAACUGUUCAAUUUGACAACACUA